AUGGCUGCCCAGCCAACCGAUCACAUCGCCCACGAGCUCCUGUCUCGUGCGCGCGAACCCGAAAUCGCAAGCAAGAUCUUCAGCGACAAAGUCAAAAAGAUCCCGCUCUUGCUUCGCCCAACUUCACCAGAUCCAAGUGUCAACGCGCGAGCAAAACGACAGUACGAACGCCAUCAGAAAGAGAAAGCGAAGCGAAAAUCCAAGAAGCCCAAACCGCUCUCUGCGAAGCAGAAGCGCGCACUUGGUAUCUACGACAUCCCGAAAGAUCAGCGAAAAUAUGCUAUUUACGAGCCGCUGCAUAAUAUGUGGUGCAAUUACAUGCGCGAGAUCCUGGGAUUGAAAGAUGGGAGGACACAUGUUGAGCCUAAUGGAGCUGGACCCAUGCUUGUCACGGCUGAUUAUCAUGGCGCGAUGAUGGAGGUUGUGAGGAGCAGGUGUCCGAGCAGAGUGGGGUUGAAGGGCAUUGUGGUGAAGGACACGAGAUAUACGUUCGAGAUCAUCACAGGGAGGAACGAGCUGAAGACUGUGCCGAAAGAGCACACGGUAUUUCGGUUCGAGCUGCCAUUCGAGGAGAAGAGUGGUGUUGAGGCGGAGGAGAAGGACAAGAUGAAGCCGUUGGUGUUUGAGCUAUAUGGGCAUCAAUUUGAGAGUCGGGCUCCAGAUCGUGCGAACAAGAAGUUCAAGAUGCACAUAGAUUCCGACAUAUGA